GACCUCGUCCCCUAUUCUAUCUUCCCAUCAACAAUGCUUUUAGCACCUCGAGAUGCCUUCCUCACUGCUCAAGAAGACGACUUUCCCCACUCUGUACCACUCGUUACCCUGCUGCUGCACUCGACCUUCGCCGUCGCCACGCAAACGAGUCAAAUCCGACGCGGACGCGGUUCCGCGGGUCACGCAACGAAGAUGCUAUGCCGACGUGAAGCAUGGCUAUGAAUUCCGCGACAACAUGAAUUGGCCAUGUCGACACGUCAAGAGCUCACCGUCGUGGACACCCUCACCGUAUGAGAUCUUUGACCUGGCCAAGGACGGGAUCUACACCAAGCACAAGUUCUACGAACUGGUGAAGAUGUACCACCCCGACCGGCACGGUCACAUGUCCUUUGAAGGAAUCACGCAUCAUGAAAGACUGGAACGAUACCGCCUCGUGGUGCAGGCUCAUGAGAUCCUUUCGGAUCCGGACAAACGACGAGCCUAUGACGCCGCGGGCGUCGGCUGGGGAAGUGGUCGCACCGCCACCAGGCAUUCUCGAGGCUUUUCCAACGGCCACGGCAAGAAGUACGGCUACGGCCCCAACGACGACUCGACGAUAUUCCAGAACGCAACCUGGGAGGACUGGGAGAGGUGGUACCGACGGCACGACAACCCCCACAAGCAGGAAUAUUCCGGCAGCUUCGUCCAUCCGAAUGCCUUUGCGUCCUUUGUCAUCCUUUUCGCCGUCAUAUCUGGAGUCUUUCAAGCCACUCGAGCAGGCCAGUACUCUGGACAGCUGGAGGAAAAGGUCCGAGAACAGACGGCGGAAACGAGGAACUUUUUGAACGCCAGGGAGAACCACUACCAACAACAUCAACUCGGCGUCGAGGGGCGAAUUAAACACUUUUUGGAAAAGAGAGAUCCGUCAAAGUAUGGGUUGAAAGAUGAAGAAGAGGAAACAUAUCGGCAUCACUUUUCGAAUUCAGGCAUCAUGGAGCCGAAGCCUCGUUUAAAGAACCCAGAAGCUGGGUAAGGAGACUCUGGAGUGGUGCAGAAUAGGAGCACAUAUUGCUAUUCUUUACUGUACAUAUUGUUUGCUCGACUUUAGAAAAAGUCGGGCGAUGCUUUUUGGUGGUUUGACGAUCAUUAUGAUGAUGAUGAUGUUGACGACGAUGAUGAUUUAUUGUACAAGAACGCCAGCCUUUUUUUUGACACCCCAUUCUUGAGCGAUUGCAUUUUUCUUUCUGACUGAAAACUCAACAGACACCAAUGUGAUCACGACAUCUUUCCCUUGAUUUCUUCUGCCUUGCCCUUGGCCUGUCCGGAGAGUUCGUGGGCCUUUCCUUUGGCUUCACCUGCCACUUCGGAGGCCUUGCCCUUGGCCUUGCCACUUUCGACGCCGGCGGCUGAUGCUGCUUUGUCCUUGAGUUCGACUGGUUAAGAAGGGUUGGUCAGUCACAGGGUUGUCACAAGGGAGAACAGAGACAGGGAGAGGGUAGACAUACUUCCUUUGUCGAUGCCGGCAACAGCGGCGUCAGAUACAGCUCGGUCGACCGUCUUCAGACCAUCUUUGGCGGCAUCGACGGGACCCUUUUGUUGGCUCAAGGUCGUGGAAAAGAGACGAGGUGACUGAGUGAGGACCGAACGUCGGACAGAGGUGCGGAGGGCGGGUGUUGCUGUGUAGAGGAAAGACAUUUUGAGGUUGAGACAAUUUGUUUCAGUGUGAGAGUGACUGUGUGUAGAGUGUGGUUCGAAAGUAGUGUUCUAGGUUGUCAGGAUGAAGUGUUUUGAAGGUAUGAGGAUUUUGUAUGAGGGAAUAAAUGGUCAAUGAAUGGGAAAUGAUUGUG